AUGAUACACGCGCAGCUGCUGCGCUUCCUGGAGAAGCAGUUCGAGUCUCACGGCGGGGCGCUGAAGUCGCACGAGUUCCUCAAGGUCUUCUCCCAGGUGUUCCCGCGGCCGCACUCGGAGGAGUUCACCACGAGCGAAGAGCAGAGGUUCAUCAUGCAGCUGGCCAUCGUCGAGCUCUUCGAGGGCAUCGACUCCGACAUGUCCGGCGAGGCGACCUGGAUCGAGUUCGUGGAGUUCGUCUGCGCCGUGGCAGAGGAGCUGCGCCUGCACGCAGCCGACCUCUCCGGGCAGGUCUUCGAGUUCGAGCCGUCCAAGGUCACCGUGCCGUGCCGCCCUGGAAUCACAAAGUGCCACUUCGACAAGGCGUUCUACUGGCCGGAGCACCCCUUCGAGAGCGUGGUCAUCUUCGAGGAGGGCCAGAGCAGCUUCCACCUGCACCGCCCGGGCACCCUGCAGCGCCGGAGGCGAGUCGACGGCCACCACAGCGACGUGCUGAGCGCAGUGUUUCUGCCGCAGCCCUUCGAGUGGAUCGUGACCUCGGGGAACGACAAGCUGAUCUGUUUCUGGGACAGCGCCUUCAACCUGGUCAAGAAGUGGACGCUGGACCUCGUCGUGGGGUGCCUGUGCUGGUGCCCCGAGGUCCGCGCGCUGUACUUCGCGGACCACUUCUCGCCCCGGGUGAUGGUCUGGCACCUCCCCGACACGAUGGUGGUGCGGACCUCGACGGGCCCGUUGAGGCCAGACACGGGCUUCAAGGAUACGGAUUGCCACAAGGACACUGUCCAGGCGAUGGUGUGGCUUCACCAGCUCAAGACGCUGGCGACGGCCUCGCUGGAUACCACCAUCCAGCUGUUUGACCUCGUGCAGCACAGGCGUACGCACAUCCUGGCGGGCCACUCGAAGGGGCUGACCUGCUUGGUUUACUGCCCAGAGAGCCAGAUGCUGCUGAGCAGCGGGUUCGACAACUACAUCCUCAUCUGGGACCCCAGCGCGGGUACGCUGUCGCACAAGCUUUCAGGGCACGACUGCAGCAUCGUCGCUAUGGCGGCGCUCCCGGCCACGGACUACGAGUUUGUCAGCGUCGACGUCGAAGGUGUAGUGAAGGUGUGGGACGUCCGGCGCCUGAAGAUCACGCAGAGUUUCCACGCGACGGACCUGCGGGCGGAGAAGGCCGGAGAGGUCGAGUCCCUCGACGCCCGGGCCAUAUGCCCCCUCGGGCGGGACCGGAUCCUCGUCUCGGGCCGCAGGCUUGUUUUAUUUGACCGUCGCGCCAGCGAUCCACGUGUGACUGCAGAUUUCCCGGUGCACACCAUCAGCUUCAGCCGCCGAAAGUUGGAGAUCGUGACCCCUGUGAACAACGAUGUGUACUUGUGGUGCGCAAUCACAGGAGAAGCGCCCGGCGGACACAACAACGUCACCGACCAGAACAUCAGCGCCGUUAGGAUAGACAUACCCGAGCGCCGCCUCCUGAUCGGCGCCGACAAUGGCGAGGUCAAGGCCAUCAACAGCGACUGCGGUGCGGUGCUCAAAACUUUCACCUGGCACACCUCGGAGGUGUCCCAGAUCGAGUGCAUGCCUGGCAAGGUGCUCACGUACUCCGCCGCGGAGCGCGUGAUUUUCUUGCACGACGACAGGGAGGGCAAGAAGGCUGCGCUGCUGAAAACGAUAAGUCUGACCAACACGGGGAACGUCCUGCAGAUAUCCCACGAUGGAAGAGACACCAUCGUGGCAGCGUCCGAGGAUGGCGACGUGAGCUGGUACAACAUGGAGUUCGGCAAACAGGUCAGCAGCUCUUCCCGCUGCGAGGUGGUGCACCACCAGGCGGUGCAGUGCUGCAAGUACUUGCAGGACGCCCCGCUCAUCGUCACCGCGGACGCGGAGAGCGCCCUCAUUUUCUGGUCCGUCCCGCCGCUGCGGGCGUACGAGUUCUUCAGCAAGGUGGAGCUGACGCUGCCCUCGGACGAGCCAGCGGGAGGCGUCGGCUCCUACGUCGGCAUCACCCGGAUGGCCGUGGCCGGGGGCCUCCUCUUCGCCGGCACGGAGCGCGGAGCCCUCGCGUGCGUCGACAUCGAGGUGGUGCUUGGCGCCGCCAGGCGCCAGCAGGAGGAGAUCCAGGCCAAGAUGGAAUCAGACGCUGCCGCCGUGAUCUCCAAGAAGGUCUUCUCCACCAUGCCCAAGCCGCACGACGACCCGGAGUACGUGUUCCCGCUGCCCAACAAGUGGUUUGUCCAGCGUGCCCACCGAGGCGCCGUGGAGGACGUGGUGCUCUGCGACCACAACCCGCAGGUGAUACUCAGCCUCGGUGCAGACAACUGCGUGCGGCUCUGGUCCUGCGAGGACGGGGGCCCGCUGGGCGCGCUGGAGCAGGGCCUGCCGGACGGCCUGGCCUACGAGCCGGGGGCCCCGUGGCUGUUCCCCGUGGACGCGCGCAAGCAGGUGCAGGACGACGAGGAGAGCAUCGCCCUCGCCUCGCAAGUCAGGGCCGAGCCAGCGGAGGGCGAGCCAGACGAGGCCGAGGCGGCAGCGCCCGCCGCGGACGCCGUCGGCGAGCAGGUCCGCAUCGGCACCGCCGGGGCGUCGUCCUCCCGGCUGGCGGGCUCUGGGAGGCCGAGCACCGGCGACGUCGUGGCGCUGCGGUCCUCGCCCGACUUGCGGCUCCACUCGCGGUCGCCGCUGGAGUCGGAGAGCUCGCGCGGGAACUCUCGCGGGCUGGGCACUGCCAAGCGCCCGUCGAAGACGUGGGCCGCCCGCAGCCUCACGGGCGCCUCGGGCAGCCCUCUGCCAACCAGAGAUUGGCUGGUCGGCGGCGCCGGCGAGCCUCCCGCCGGCGGGAGGGCCCCGGCCCUGGGCCGCCCCGGCAGCCUCCCGCAGCUGCAGGCGCCGGACAAACCCCCGCGCAGGUACGCGCAGAGCGGCCUCAAGAUGUCGAGGAUCACCGACAACAAGAAGAUCGUGGAGGCGGCCAUGCGCCUCUCGACGGCGCUGGGAGGCGGGCCCUCGCCCAUCGACCACUGA